AUGACAACGCCAGACAAGGUUUGCGUGGCAGUCCGUAUAGGCGGGAAGGGCUUUCAAGUGCCGGCCCCGCCCAAAGCUCGAUUCUGGACAGUAUCAAAUGGUGAUGAAAAGCUCAGAACACUCUCGACGAACCCUCAAAAUGACCUCUCAGUCAUGUCAUUUGAAGCCCAUCACCUGUACGAUAUCGAAGACUCGAACGAGCAGGUAUACGAGGACCUGAUGAAGCCAAAGAUACUAGACGUCUUGUCUAGCUGGAACUCACUCCUGGUGUUCGCCUACGGGCAGAGCGGCACUGGCAAGACUUACACGAUGUCUGGAGAUGUCAAAUCUACCGGCAUCAUUCAGCGAUCGGUUUUGGAGAUCUUUGCGGCUGGUAGCAUUUCGGACGCCAAUGUCUCCAUCGCCGCUCUAGAGUUAUAUGGAGGAAAGAUAAGAGAUCUUUUGGCAUGUUCCGCCGCAAAGCAGCCUCACUCCAGCAAAUACCCAAGCCGCGCACCGACUCCAGUUGCUACAAGAGCUCCCUCUCGAGCGAGUGCUUCGACAGGGGUGACCCGGUCUCAUCAGGACAACGACUUGCCAAUGCUUCAGGUUGCUCGGCAAAUCAACGGGCAAGAGGUUUGUCCGCCCGUCUUUGCGGAAAUCACUGUACGCACUGUCGAAGAAGCUGUUAGAGUAAUAGCUCAAGCUAAAUCUCGAAGGUCAGCGGCGAAAGCAGGAUUGAACGAUACUAGUAGUCGGUCACACGGGCUGGUGGUUUUAAAUAUCGACCGUCAGCCGGUGGUGUCUGCAGAGCGGAAAGACCACGCAGAACGUGCUUCGCUGGUCUUUGUGGAUCUCGCAGGAUCCGAGCCAGACAGCGGAGGUGCUAAGGACCGAGUACAGGAGGGCAAAGACAUUCGACGGUCUCUUCUAGCCCUAACCCGGUGUUUUGACCAGAUGGGUAAAGGCGAAAAGCCGAACUAUCGCGAGUCACCAUUACUGUUUAUUCUGCAGUCACAUCUCACCACCUCUAUGAUCGUAUGGGUUGCUACCAUCCACCACAACUGUCCGGGUGAUGGUCGAUCCAAGGACGAAAGCAAAGCCACCUUGGACCGUACCAAGGAUGUGGGCCAGGUGAACAUCCAGCUACGAGUCCGGCUUGCAAGGCUGCGGAAAGAGACUACAAUGGUGACGCCGGCUGCUGUAACCCCAAGGAAAGACGGCUUUCAAACGAUACCCUCCAGCGUCCAUGGGGGGAAGGGGACCGUGAAUGCACUCGGUGUACCGAAAGUCUGGCAACGACAGUUGGACACCGAGAAAGCUCUGGAGGAGGAAAGACAAGCAGUUCAGGAGCUGAGCGCCAGGAUAGAAGUCUUGAGCGAAGAACGGAAGUCCAACGCAGAAGAAGUCAGGAGGCUGAAGACUCAACUUUCCGAUUUGGCAGCAGUUUCCGACAGGUUCAAGGAUGAGUCGACAUCUCUGCGCGCAGAAUUUGAACAGCGUGGACAUGAUUUGGAAGAGUUGAGAGAACGCAAUCUACUUCUAAUCGAGGAUUGCAGUAAAAUGGUCGAUUACAUCAAGCAGCUGGAGCAUCGUGUCAAGCGACGGCGGACGAGCAACAAUGAGGAACGACCCGAUCAAGGUGACCAUCUCGCCUCGAAAGCCGCCACUUCCCAGCCCUGUAAUCCAAAAGAUUCCCAUGGACAAGAUUAUAUCGGCCUAAAUGCAGGUGUGGGCUGGAUCUUCCCAGGAGAAGAGGAAUUGAUCGAGCGGUACAAUAGAAGACAGACGUAA